UUUUCCUGUAGGGAUGAAAGAAAAGCUGCAGCAGACGACAGUAAAUUCCUGAGUGAAAGAAGUCGGUCGAAGGAUGAUCACCGAUUUUCUUCACACUGCCGAUUAUUGAUAGAAGUACGACAACGCGAUUGAAUAUGAAUUUCAGUAGACGGUUAGCUAAUUUAUACAAAUACAGAUCGCUUUGUACGGACGCUAAGACCGUUACCUCAGCGCCUAAAGUGAAUCUAGAAUUACCACAACCGGAGUACGAUAUUGACUACUUGUGCGAUGUGGGUAAUCGGAAAUAUAUUGCUGAGAACAUAAAGCAAAGAAAAGGUAUCGGCGACAUUGACAAGGUUCAUCAACUGCUUGAAACAUCAGCCUCUAGGGAAUUGUUGGAUAUAGAGCUUGGAAAAAUACCAAAUCAAACAGAUCCUCGUGUCUCUGAUUAUGGGCCAGAGGGGAGAGUUUUAAACACUUGCGGUUCUAUGCCUACCUUUAAUUACCAGCCGAAAGAGUUUGAGGAUCUAGCUAAAAACUUGAAACUUAUACGUACAGAAAACUUGGGACAAUUAUCUGGUUCCAGAAGUUACAUGCUUCUCGGGGAUCUCGCCGAGCUUGAGGAGGCUUUGGUUUAUUACACACUCCGUGAACUCGUCAAUAGAAAGUUUCAGGUGAUCUCUGUACCUGAUAUACUGCCUUCGCAGAUCAUUGAGCGGUGCGGAAUGAUUGUCGAAGGGACGAGAACGCAGGUCUAUUACUUGGAUUCUGCUCACGGCCAUUAUCAAAGUUUAUCUGGAACUGCGGAGAUGGCUAUUGCAGGGAAACUUGCUGGUGCUCGAUUGUCUCUCGAGCAUCUGCCUCUUAAGUAUGCAGCUGUCAGCAGGUGCUACCGAGCUGAAGCCUCGAGCAUUAUUGCAGAGAGAGGAUUGUAUAGGGUACAUCAGUUUACAAAGGUAGAAAUGUUUGUUUGCUGCCAACCGCAUCAAUCCGCCGAGCUUUUAAACGAACUUCAGUCGAUUGAAGAAGAAUUGUUCAGUAGUUUGGGGAUUCAUUUCAAAGUCGUAGAUAUGCCUCCUCACGAAUUAGGAGCUCCGGCUUACAGGAAAUUGGACAUUGAAGGUUGGAUGCCUGGGCGAAAACUUUUUGGUGAAUUAUCUAGCUGCAGCAACUGCACAGAUUAUCAAUCUCGUAGGCUUGGGAUCAAAUAUGAGACGGCGGAUCACAGAUUGGAGCACGUUCAUACAUUGAAUGGCACAGCGUGUGCUAUACCGAGAAUGUUAAUUGCUCUUUGUGAAACGCAUCAAACUGAAGAAGGAAUUAUUAAGAUACCUGAAAAAUUAUUACCCUUUAUGAAGGGUAAAACUAUUAUAGAGCAACAGCCUGUUGCGGCUAUGAGAUUUGCUAAGUACAAACCAAAAAUACACUGAAUAUAUAAAAAAAUUGUUUCCAACUACCUCAUAUCACCUGGUUUUUAUUCUUAUCGCCUGCUUCGCUUUUCUGCUGCGAAUGCAGUAUUAAAAUUCAUCGGUAGUUACGUUAUGUCGAAAAAUGAAUGAUACAACCUGAGCUGUGCUUAAGAUAUGGGGAAGAAAGAAACUGUACACGGGCUGAAUUGGCAAAGUAGCAACGUGAUUGAAAAUCUCCCUCACAAUUUUAGUUUGAUAUUUUAUUCACUCAAAAUGGACAACGUAGGAUUGAACACAUGUUCCCAACAGUUUCCCGUUUUCAUAAUCACAUCCAAAAUAUUGAUUGAUGCCUCGUAUUCCGUCUUACAAUACAACAUUCACAUUGUCCUUGUAACGUUCGUUUACUCAAACAGUAACUGUUAACUGGUAUCAUUGAUGAAGAUUUAAUUUUACGUAUUUGUAUUCAAUCAGAAUUUAUUAUUUAAAAAUGCUGUUAAGGUUCAAUGAAUCCAUCCUACAAGUUCGUAUCCGCAGAAUGUACAAAUUCUAUUUUACCAAAACUGCUAAAAAUUGUUUUAUCUAUUUCUAUAUGUCAUGAAUUCCGCAUACCUCCGCUAAUCGAAACAGUAUAAUUCUUCCCGAAGACUCAUAUGGGUGUUACCUAGUGACAUUUUUCCAUUCAAAAAACGGUUCUCUCAACGAUAAAAUAAAAAGAUAGAUUUCCUUGAAAUAAGGCUCGGCUUAGAUAUUUGAAUUCGUUGUUUUUAUCCUGCAUAACGAGCUUUAAAUUAACUACCCUAGAUGUUAAAGUACAUUUUCCA